AUGGCUACCCCCAGUGUCCUUACCUUUGAUACUGAGGGUCGUGCUGUUGACUUUGAGGUCUGGGUCGAUGACCUCCAGCUGUUCUUACAGUGCAAUAGGGCAGACGGACUCUCCCUGUUCGAUCUCACCUCUAGUGUCUCUCCUGCCCCGCCUGCUACUUCUGACAGCACUGUUCGCUCACAGUGGGCCACGCGCGAUGCUGCUGCCCGUCUUGCUGUGCGUCGCCACUUACCGACCACUGAGCGGGUGUUCUCCCUCCCCCCCUUGCCCUCUGUUGCUUCUGCUGCUGCGGCCGACCUCGUUGGCUUCGAGUCGGUCGGCGCUGCGUCUGCCCCUAGUGGGAAACGCCGCACUGGCAAGGUCAAGGAGGGCAAGGGCGUUGGAGGGGCUGGUGGGGGCGGUGGAGGUGGUGGUGGAGGCAGUGGAGGGGGUGGGGGUGGUGGUAGGAGUGGUGGCAGGGGUGGAGGUGUCGGUGGCAGCAGUGGAGGCGGAGGAGGCGGCGGUGGUGACGGAGGGAGCGGAGGCGGCGGAGGUGGCGGAGGCGGCGGAGGUGGCGGAGGCGGCAAAGGCAGUGGUGGAGCUGUUGGCGGCUCUGCGCAGAGGAGUGGCUCUCGUGGUGGUCCGCGCCAGCAGGAGCAGCACAGACGUGAGACCCUGUCCCCUCAGCAGCUUCGUGAGUGGUACGCUGGGCGUCAGCGGGGUGGGGGUACUGGUCCCUGCACCUACGUCCUCCGUACAGGCGACCGCGCUGGUGAGCAGUGCGGGGGCACGCACUCCACCCAGCGCUGCUUCGGCCGCCUGACGGACGCUUGGCGUCAUCAGUUCCCUGACGCCACUGAGAUCCCUCGCUGGGGAGAGCUGUCUAGGGCGGGGGUUGCUAUCUUUGAUCUUGACUAUGAUGCUAUUCUUGCUGCCAUGUAUGCUGUGUCCACUAGUGAUGACGGUGACUGUUACUUGUCUGUUCCUCCUGAUACGGGCAUUGAGGCUGCUACUCUAGGUGCUGGUGAGGCUACUGCUCUAGGUGCUAGUGCGUCUGCUGCCCCAGGUGCUGGUGAGUGUGCUCUCUCAGGUACCACGUCGGCUCAGGCCUUGCACACCUUCACCCUUGACUCGAGUGCUUCCCGCUCCUUCUUUCGAGACCGCACCACGCUUACGCCGCUUAGUCGGCCGGUUGCGGUCUCCCUGGUGGACCCCUCUGGGGGUCCUGUCCUUGCUAGCUUCUCCACUGUCUUAUCGUGUCCGGCACCCCCCUCUAGCACCCUGUCAGUUCACGCCUACGAGUCAGCGGGUGACCCACUGCACGUGCGCUCGGAUGGGCCGACACUUGGCCACAUUUACCCGUCAGCCGGGGUCGAGCCUAUUCUCCUUUGGCACCACCGCCUUGGUCACCCCUCCCUGCCUCGUCUCCGAGGCAUGGCCUCAUGUGUCCUUGUCUCUGGUCUCCCCGGGUCCCUCCCUCCCCUACCUCCGGGGCCUGCCCUUACCUGCGUCCCCUGCGUCGAGGGGCGGCAGCGCGCCGCUCCUCACUCCUCCGAGUUUCCUCGGACAGAGGCUCCCCUGCAGACUCUUCACAUGGACGUGUGGGGCCCCGCCCGCGUCCGUGGCCAGGGUCACGAGCGUUACUUCCUGUUGGUGGUUGACGACUACUCGUGUUACACCACGGUGUUCCCCUUGCGCAGCAAGGGUGACGUCACUGAGGUGUUGAUCGACUGGAUCCGCGCAGCUCGUCUCAAGCUCAGAGAGAGUUUCGGCUCGGACUUUCCUGUUCUGCGUCUGCACUCUUACAGAGGCGGAGAGUUUUCCUUUGCCCGUCUGGGAGCCUUCUGUCAUGCACAGGGCAUCCGCCAGACCUUCACGCUUCCGGCCUCUCCACAGCAAAAUGGGAUUGCUGAGCGCCGCAUUGGCAUGGUCAUGGACGUCGCUCGUACGUCCAUGAUGCAUGCGGCUGCCCCCCAUUUUCUGUGGCCGUUUGCGGUUCAGUACGCAGCGCAUCAGCUCAACCUCCAGCCCCGGGUCUCCUUGCCAGAGACCUCCCCCACCUUGCGGUGGACAGUGAAGGUUGGCGAUGCGUCUGUGUUUCGGGUCUCGGGAUCUCGGGCGUUUGUCCGCGACUUGUCUGCGGACAGGCUGUCCCCCCGUGUUGUCCCCUGCGUCUUCCUUGGCUUCCCCCCUAACGCGCCUAUUUGGCAGUUUUACCACCCCACCUCACGCCGUGUUCUGUCCUCACAGGACGUCACCUUUGACAAGUCGGUGCCUUACUACCGUCUCCUCCCCUACCGCACUGCACCCCUCCCCCCGCCGUCGCUCUUCCUUGUGCCAAGUCCUCCUCCGGUAGACCCCCUCCCCCCUCAGGGUCCUGCCCUGUCAGGUGUGUCCCAGGUAGACGCAGUUGAGCCGGUCGAGGAAGCUGUUGACUCUGGUGUUGCUAGGGGCGCUGAGCUUGCGGGUGCCGGGUCUGGGGAUGCGGAGCCUGGGGGUGCUGAGUCUACGGGUGCUGAGCCUGGGGGUGCUGAGUCCAGGGGUGCUAAGCCUGUGGGUACGGAGCCUGGGGGUGCUGAGCCUAGGGAUGCGGAGCCUGGGGGUGCUGGCCGUGCUGCUGGAGCUGGAGGUACUACUGUUGCUGCUGGUCCUGGAGGUGCUCGUCCUGGCGGUUCUGGAGCUGCUGGGGCUGGGAGUCCUGCUGGAGGUACUGUUGGAGCUGCUGGCAGUACUGGAGCUGACGGACCUGCUGGAGUUGGUGCUGCUGGAGCUGCUAGAGCUACUGGAUCUAGAGCUGCUGGGGGUGUUGGCGCUGGUGGUUCUGCUGGCGCCGGUGCUUCUGAGGGUGCAGGAGUUGGCGUUGUUGGAGUUGGAGGUGCUGCUGGCGCUGGUGCUGCCGCUGGGGGUACUGGUGCUGUCCCUGCUGGUUCUGGAGGCACUGCGCGGCCGAGGCGGUACUUCGUUCCGCUACUUGAGCAGGUUCUUGGUCUCCCGCCCUCUAUUGGUCCUGCUCCUCCCUUAGCGUGUCCACAGCCUGUCCAGUCGCGGUCACAGUUACAGCCCGCCUCCCCCCUGCCUUCUCCUUCUCCCUACACUGGUCCUACUGGAGGUGUUGCUGAGCGUCGUGAGCCUGCGUCUCGUCCUGCGUGGCCUGUUCGUGCUGCUCGCACUAGUGGUCGUGCUCCGCGCCCGCGUUCUUCUGCUGUCCCCGACACACACCAGAUGGCACUGCGUCCUUCCACUGCUCCUCUGCGUGUCCCGUUGCCGUCUCCUCCAAAGUCCUCUCUUCCUACUCUUGCUGACCCGGAGUCUGACUCUCUUCGUGCUACCAGUCCUACUGUCACGCGUCUCCUGGCUAUUGUUGUCACUGACCCUUCUUUUGAGUCCACUGUUGCGUCUGCCUUAGUUGCUGAGCUUGUCGACUUUGCUGCUCGCUGUCGUCUAGACUACGCUGCUAGUCUUGUUGCUGAGUCUGAGUCUGUCUGUCCUUCGUCCGUCGGGGGUGAGUGUGCUCUUAGCAUGGACGUCAUUGAGGACAGGCAGGAGGAGUUCCAGUGUUUUGAUGCUGCUUUGCCUCAUCUCGUCUCCACGCUGAUUGCCCCCGAGGGAGACCCGGAUGCACCAGACAUCCCGACUCCUCGAUCGUACGCUCAGGCGAUCGAGGGUCCCUACUCCUCACAGUGGCAGUCAGUCCUGGACGCAGAGAUGGCUUCCUGGAAGUCCACAGGCACCUACGUGGACGAGGUUCCCACACCUGGGGCGAACAUCGUCAGUGGCAUGUGGAUUUUCAGGGUGAAGCGGCCGCCGGGUUCUCCGCUUGUCUUCAAGGCGCGUUACGUGGCUCGUGGCUUCAGUCAGCGGCAGGGAGUUGACUACUUUCAGACCUUCUCUCCCACCCCAAAGAUGACCACUCUUCGGGUACUGCUGCACAUAGCUGCUCACCGUGACUACGAGCUGCACUCUCUUGACUUCAGCACUGCUUUCUUGCAGGGCAGCCUGCACGAGGAGAUCUGGCUGCGCCGCCCACCUCGCUUCACUGGGUUGCUUCCUCCUGGUACCCACUGGAGCCUCCGGCGGCCAGUCUACGGUCUCCGCCAGGCACCCCGUGAGUGGCACGACACACUGAGGAGUACACUUGUGGCUCUUGGGUUUGCUCCUUCUACUGCCGACCCGUCGCUGUUUCUGCACUCCGACACCUCUUUGCCGCCGUUCUACAUCCUCGUGUACGUCGAUGACUUGGUCUUUGCCACUGCUGACACUGCUGAACUCGCCCACGUGAAGUCUGAGCUGCAGAAGAGACACACGUGCACAGACCUGGGUGAACUGCGCAACUACCUUGGCUUGUAG